AUGUCCCCAUUCUAUCUAUCCCUUCUAUUUCUAUCGAUUCCAGCUGUUUCAGUUUCAGCCGGAGACUUGAUAGAAGUUUUCGGAAUUGCAAGAUGUCCGGAUACAUCGAGAUUCGUCAAGAAUCAGCUAGUUCCAUUCUAUGAGAAGUUCAAGUCAAACUUCUCAAGUGACUUUAGACUAGAUUUCCAUGCAGUGCCUACCGGGGGACACGAUGUAAAGGGACAUUAUGUCAACAAAUGUCUUCAUGGAGCUGUAGAGUGUGCUUUGAACAAACUACAAAUGUGCUCCAAGAAGCAUAUCGCUGGAGAUUGGCUGGUUAUAGUAGGAUGUAUCCAGGGUCUGAAAUCAUAUCCCGCUGGUCUCAACUGUCUUCCGGAUACCGAGGAGGGGAAGAAAAUCAAAGAGUGCGCUGAAUCUGAGGAAGGAGAGUACUUGUUGAACGAUGAGAACUCUUAUCGUUAUAAUGUGGCUCCAGGAUCCGCAUGGCUUCCAUGGAUUCAAGUAAACGGGGAACGUAACAAGUACGCCGAGUAUAAUCUAAAAACUGUCGCCUGUGGGUUGAAAUCGAUGAUGGACAAAGAAAUGUGCAAAGAUGAGAAUAAGUAA